AUGAAAUACACUCAGAUCUUCUCUAGUUACAUGAGUUCCACCAUGCCCUCUCCCCUACCCCUGAUACCAUCCUCCAAGAUGCAAGUGGCUGUGAACUCGCUCGUCUUGAAACAAGCACAGGCCAUUAAGGCCCUCCCAAGCACAUUUGUGGAUCCGCAAAGGGCAAGCCCCGAUAUCGCAGACCUGGUCAGGGAUCCAGAGGAGUUCCUAAAGCACCAUUCGAUCGACUCCGGCAUGAUGUUCUCCAGUGCCUCAACGAACGCUUCUCUGCCGGGGUUCGCCAAGUUGGUCGCUAUGCCUGACGAUAAAAACGCGCUGAAAAAUUACAUGCUCAUGUCCCAUGAUCCACAUGGUGUGAAUGCCGAACAGUCCAGCGCGAAUGCCAUCCCGGCGGCCUUCCUGUGUCUCAACCCCCGCCGCAUCAACCCCCGGGUGCCGGCGUACAUUGACAUCUCCAUCUCAAACCCCAAGGAGAAGUUCAUCUUCACGUCCGAGCUAAACGGCUCGUCUAUCAUCGUCACCAAGAAAGACGAAUCCACCUAUCGCGUCUUCCACGACAGCCGGAUCUGCAGCUCCGUUCUAUACGACAACGUCGUGCUGGCCAUCGACUACUGCGAGUACGGCGACGAGUACGACAAGGAAGCUCGACACCGGCGAGACUUCGCCACGGUGUGUUUCCACUACGAGAGUUCCGAGUCGCCCGACGAUAAAGGCCAAUGGGUCGUCUACUGCCAGUAUCAGCAAGAGACGACGGGCUUCCAGCGCGCCCUGCGACUCAACGACUGCGAAUCCCCCGUGCAGAAAGUCAAGGCCUACCAGGCUCCGCAAGUGUCGCGGAUCCGCAACGAAUUCAACCGCUUCGUGCGCGCCGAGGGAGAGACGUUUUUUCAAGAGCCGUUGCCGUUCAUCAUGGACGGGACGUUCGAAGUCAUCACCGACACGGACGCCAUGUUGACGAAUCCGGCUGUGGCCUCGACGGAGCGACUACGACGGUAUAUGAUGCCCUACGGGAACGGUCUACGGACGGCGAUCACCGAAGCCAAGAUCGAAAAGUCGAAAGAGACCACCAGCGAUGAUAUGAAAAUAACGCUCGAAGCCCAAAUCGAUGAACUUGAGAAAAACCUCCGCCAUCACGACUACCUCAUCAACACUAGUGAACGUCUCGACUACACCUACUUGUGGCUGAGGCAGAAGCAGAUUGUCAAUCCCCUGGAAGCACCCCGCGUGUCUCUUGCAAUGGUGAAAAUCUGA